CACCACUUUUUAAACCCGUCGCACAAUGCGCAUCUCCCAUUUCAACAAGGGCCGUACCUAGGAGAGCCGCGCAAGCCAUAGCGCUCUCCCCACCCCCCCGCGAGGUCCCCCGGCCUCCGCGCACCCCGGCUCGCGGGGCGGUGCUCGGGGCCCUCCCCGCCAUGCGCCCUUCCCACGCACAGCCGCCGCCGCCGCCGCCGCACCUCCAAGAAAACCGCCAGCUAUCCCGUCAAGAGCCGCAGGAUGAACCCGAACCGGGACCCAACAAGGAGGUGCCCUUGCUCCGGUCGCUGGCAUCGACGCCGUCGCUGCUGAGGAACCGGUCGUCUCUGUGCAAGCAGAAAUCGUGGUCCCCAGAUAUGUUUCGGGAGGAGGCGUGGCUGCGGCGUAAGGGGAACUUCAGGAACCGCCAGAGCAAGAGCGUCACGGAGGAGGACCUCGACGAGCUCAAGGGAUGCAUAGAACUUGGGUUCGGGUUUGACUCGCCGGAGGUCGUGGACGGCCGCCUGUCGGACACCUUGCCAGCUCUGGGGUUCUACUACGCCGUGACGAGGCAGUGCGGCGGGAGCGUCCUGAGGUCAGCGGAGACGUCGACCUCAACUGCGUCGGACUGCGACAGCGCGUCUCCCAUCGGCAGCCCCCAUGCCAUAUGUGGACCCAGCGAUAAUCCUGACGUGGUGAAGACGAGGUUGAGACAGUGGGCGCAGAUAGUUGCUUGUUCGGUGCGGCAAUCGUCUUCCUAAGCUACCAUCAUUAAAUAACAUCAUCAUCAAUUAUAGCUCGGGGUUAAACUGGAACUCAACCAGAGUCAAGAAGCAGCGAAAACCCAUGUGCAUCGACCCAACCUGUAAUUCAGAAUAUUAAUUCUCACACCGACCUUGCUUGCUCAGAAAAUAUUAUGUUUAAAGUAGUGGGAGAAGCAAAGGUGAUGACUUGUACCUGCUUGUUGCCUGUAGGGCUUUCCUUAAAGUGGGUAAUGAACCUUGGUACUGAUGUUUGUUUAUUAGCUGUCGGCUUUGAUGUUGCCUUUAUAGAUGGGCUGCUCGGCUUAGGAAGUUGUCGAAAGUUAGAUGCCUCUAGUUGCUGAGCUGAGUAGAGUUUUCCUUGGAUCUCUUUUCGGGUUUGUUUAGGAAUCUGUGUCUAUGCUUGAUGCUCUCUCCUUUACAUGUCUUUUGCAAAGGAGUGUAAAAAAUAAAAGUGACUUGUCUCUUCUCCAAACCGACCUUUGUUUCUGAAAUUUAGAAAUGAAAGGAAAUGUGAAUCUCGAA